GUUACCUAGCAACCAAUGUUUUAGACAUGGCGGACAAGUACAACGCAGAAACUAUUAUAACAGAAGCUCAGAAGAGGAUAAGUAAUGCCUUUGACGUGUUUGACCACGAAUCCAACAAGACUGUUGAUGUCAGGGAAACAGGCACCAUUAUCCGUUCACUUGGUUGUUUCCCAUCAGAAGCUGACCUGCAUGAGAUCAUUGCUGAGCUAGAAGAAGAAGAGCCCACUGGGUUUGUACGCUAUGAGAAGUUUCUUCCAACUAUGACUAAGAUCCUGCUGGAGCGCAAGUUCCGUCCUAUCACAGAAGACCUGCUCCUUCAGGCCUUUGAGGUGUUAGAUCAACAGAAAAAAGGACACUUGGAACCAGAGGAACUGUCUAAAUAUUUAACACAAGAAGGAGAGCCCUUCACACAGGAAGAGAUGGAUGAAAUGUUGUCUGCAGCGGUUGAUCCUGAUAAAAAUGUCAUUCUCUACAAGGACUUUGUUAGCAUGGUGACUUUUGAUGACACUCGAUGAUGGCUGACAGCAUGAUGAGAUCGAACAAAUAAGUAUUGUUUAUAGCUUUAUAGUAUCAAGGUAUCAUAAACAAAAUCAUUUUAGUUACCAUAAUAAAUAAUAUACUGUACAAUUUGUUUGGACUCUUUAACCAUGGUAUGUAUCAUUAAUGGUGUUCAUAUUGCCCUAAUAUUGCUUAAUAAAUAGUUUGGCAAAAUUACACAGUAUUUUACCCUAUUCAUAAUUAUUCAUAUAGCCUUUAAAGUGGAGAAUGUGUGCAAGAAUAAGAGUGUAUAUUAUAGACAGAUUAAUCAUUUAUGCUAUUAAUGAGGCAGGUUUUCUAAGGCCAGGUGUGUGUCUGAGAGCCUUAUUAUAAAGUCAGUGUGUGGUGUCCUUCUUCUGUCAGUUUCAUUAGCAGACUCUAACACCACAGGUUUUGUGAAGGGGUGGCAUAUUCUUGCAGCUCAUUUUUUCCUAAUUAACCUGUGCCCCAUGAGUGCAUCUGUGUGGGUGAGAGACCGGGAACAGAACUGCCCCCCUGUGAACUGACCAGAGAAGCACAUUACUUAUGAUGGCCUUAACAGAAUGCAAUCAUAAAAGUUGUUAAACCAAAUUAUGAUCUCGCAUUUCAUGAAAUUACAUGCUUUUAAAAAAAUGAACUUGACGGAAAAGCACAAAUUUUACAGUAUAGUUGAAAAUGUGUUUUAUGAGUUUACUUUACAUACCUUACACAAAUCGAGCGCAGCGUUAGUUCAGU